UCGGAAAUGUUGUUCAUGUUGCUAUUUCUUCGUGUACAUAUUUUGACCAGGUUUGAGUUACUAAGCUAAAUUGCACGAAUUUAUGUGUAAUUUAAGGUAAUAAAGACAAUUCAAUCUUCAACAAUUAUUUAAAUUUAGCAAAAUGGGAUUUACAGAGCUAUUAAAUUAUGUCGUAUUUACCAAUCCAGUUAGUUCUGGGACAUUCUUAUUUCUCAGAGGUACAGCAAGAAUGGCAGGUGAUUACAUGGGUUUACAACCGAAACAAGAAGUAAAAAUGCCACCUUCUACACCUUUAUGGAAAUUAGCUUCGUCUGCAGGACCUUACGUGAAACUUGCUGGACUUAGUGGAGCGGCAGCUGUAGUAUUGGGUGCUUAUGGUGCACAUAAACUUAAUGCAGAAAAACUCCCAGACCAAGCAAGAAUAUUUGAAACAGCGAAUAGAUAUCAUUUCAUUCAUACACUAGCUUUACUUGGCUUACCUCUUAGUAGAAAACCAUCCUUGGUUGCAGUUUUUUUCAUUUGUGGAAUAAUAAUGUUCAGUGGAACUUGUUAUUAUGUUGCUUUUACAAACGAUAAACGUUUUUCAAGUAUAACGCCGAUCGGUGGUACAUGCUUCAUAUUGGGAUGGUUAUCUCUACUUAUAUAAAUAUAACAAUAGAAAUAUAUUGUGAUAUGUUUCAAAUGUAAGGUCGUAUUUUAAGUUUGAUAUUUUUUGGUAAAUAAUUCUUUAAAAAAUAUAUAAAUGACUAUGUAUAAA